GUAAGCCUUGUGCUUGUAGAACAACCUGUGUGACCACAGAGUCAAGCGUGUAUCUUGUAUACAAUUUUCCAGUCUCUAAACCAUUAAUUUAACAACAGAGAUUUUUAUUUCAUAAAUUCAUUUACUGAAUGUGACGAACUUAUAACAACGUCAAGUGUGUUAAGGUUACAUCACCUGUGUGAAAUAUAUACGCCUCAAGUUCAGGCAAUGACUGGGGCAUGGAAGGCAGUGCUACUAAAACACUGAGGACGCUACUAGAGCAGAUGCAAUCUGAUCCUGCGGUCACAGUCAUGGCUAACAAGACACCCCCCAAAUCCUCAGCGGAGGCCUUCCCCACCUUCCUGUAUAAAAUCGCCCCCAUCCUCUCUGUCCAAGAGUCCCCCUCCAUGGUCCAGUCCUCAUCAUCUCCCCAAAACACCAGCACUACUAUCGUGACUACCAUCCCCCCUAACGUGACCAGCCCUGGGGCCACAAUGGUUCUGGAAGAUAUGGGACUAAGAAGAACACGGACCGUGAUCCCUAACUCAGUCAAAGUUCAAAUUGCUAAGGUAGCCAAUCAGAUUCCUAGAAUGACACAGGGUGAGAUUGCUCAGAUGUUUGGAAUUGACAGAACAACAGUAUCAAAGAUCCUAAAGCGACGAAGGGAGUACCUGGACCUGGGCCCAGAACCAGAAGCACCAAAAGCAAAGUAUCUUUGUCGUAAGUAUUGUGUUCUCCCUGCGGGUGGUAACAAAAUUCCAAAACAGACUCAGGUGCCAUCUCAGCAGCCAGAGGAUCCUAUAGAGAUCAAGGAGGAGAUAACUGAGAUUGACGACACAGAGGCACUGUCGCGUGAGAUGAAUAAUCUGGACAAGUUUCGUGAUCAACAGAAGAUGAUAGAGGAGGCCAACAAACAACGAAAAGCUCUGCUUUCCAAAACCUUGACAGAAAGACAGAAGAAAGCACGUGAAGAGGCCCAGAAGUUGUCCCAUAUCCAGAAAGAAGUUCAGUUGCUGGACAAUCGUCUAUCUGCAGAUGUUACACUGAUCCGGAGUCGGAUAGAAUCAGCCAGCAAAGAUUACAUGGAGGCUCAGCGUCGAUAUGAUAGGGCAGAAAGAGAAUUCAUCGAGGCAAAGAUGGAUCUGCAGAAGAAAUCAGAUUUGAAGGAACAAUUGACAGAACAUUUAUAUACAAUUAUACACCAAAAUGAACUACGCAAGGCAGAGAAACUUUCGCAGCUUAUGAAUGAACUCCAUGUGGAAAUGGAGACAGAGGAGGAGGGAGUAAAACUUGCCACACUCCCUCCUCUGAGUGCAUUUAAUUCAGUCAGUCUCCCAGCACUGCAAAGAGGAAGAUCCCAGGAUUCAAGUCAAAAUGGAGCGCCAUCUACCAAAGAAAGUAAUCACAAAUCCACGCAAUCAAGUGAAAAUACUGCUAUUAAUUCCACUACUGGCCAUAUUGAGGAAACCAAAAAUAGCACUGUUCAUCUACCCGCUGCAGAAUCUCAUAAUAAAGACAAAGUUGUAAAUAACAGUAACUGUGCAAAGGGAGAACAAAGUGUUAACAAAUCCUCUGUAAGACUACAGACAUCUGUUCAACAAGGGACUUCAGAAACAAAACUUGAUGGUAAAAUAAAUACAGAUAAACCUGUCCCUACAUCAUGGACGUUAGAUGUGAUAAUCAAGCAAGAACCGGAGGAUGUUGAUUAAAUAGUAUUAUGUCAUAUAACCAUUUAUCAAUAAAAAAUAUCUGAAAUAAAGUAUGCAAUUAGUAA